GAAGUUUUUCAUUCACUAUACUAAACUUCGCGUUUGCACUCGCUAGAAUUAAAAAACUGCAAAAUAAGAACGGUCGGAAUAUGACUUCUCCGGAUCAAAUCCAACAGGAGAAGGCAGCUCGCCGGGCGGCGUUAAGGAAUGAGUAUUGGCGAACAAUGACCAAUCCUCAUGCUCGUGGGGAAGGAGUAGGAGUAUUUGAUACUGGUUUGGCACGCUAUCAAGCGAUGACAGUGAACCAAUUCGAACAUUUUAAGCCCACCGGCCGUACAUUUCGCGCUGGCAUGUUUACAGUGGUAAUCCCGAUCGUAGUCUAUGCUUGGAUGCUAAAAAAGGAGCGUGAUGGUCGAGAACAGAAGUACCGUACUGGCCAGGUAGCAUACAAGGAUCGCUAUUUCAAGUUUAUUUAAAUUUCGCAAACAGUGUCCAACGUUUGAGAUCACAAUGUGUUUAGAAAAUCAAUUUGUAAUAAACGAGGUGUUAUAAAUAGGUAUUUUAUUUUU